CCUUUAACUCAUCAUCCUGACCUACCGUGCCUGAAUGCUCAACUUCUCUCCUCCAGAGUAAACAUCGUCACAGACCUCGCUUACGCUUACUCACAGCCUCAUCUGCUCCAUUCCCGCUUCGUCUAGCAAGCUCAACUUCGCUUUCACCCCCCUCUCUCUCACCGAUACCUACCCCACCAUCAUCAUGGCUUCCCACGAGCAAGAGGACACCAUGCCUGAGGAGACUCAGGGCUACAAGCUCUCCCAGCCCAAGCAGAGUCUGGCUGAGUACCAGAAGAUGGACGAGAACGAUGAGUCUCUUCAGCGCUACAAGGAGUCCCUUGGCCUUGGAGGCGGCAAAGACCUCUCGGAUGCUUCAGACCCCCGCGUCUGCAUCAUUCUAUCUCUGACCAUGGAGUCUCCUGGCCGCGACCCUGUCACCAUCGACCUUUCCAGCCCUGGCUCUGAGGCCACUCUCAAGGACAAGCCCUUCAAGAUCAAGGAGGGCGCCAAGUUCACCAUGGUCGCCAAGUUCAAGGUCCAGCAUGAGAUUCUCAGCGGUUUGCAGUAUGUCCAGGUUGUCAAGCGCAAGGGCAUCAAGGUUAGCAAGGACUCUGAGAUGCUGGGCAGCUAUGCUCCCAACACCGACAAGCAGCCAACCUACACCAAGCGCUUCCAAGAGGAGGAUGCACCCUCGGGCAUGUUGGCCCGCGGCCACUACAACGCCAUCUCCAGCUUUGUUGACGAUGACAAGAAGACCCACCUGACCUUCGAGUGGUCUUUUGACAUUGCCAAAGACUGGUAAAUUAUGAUUAUCCCAAGACCGACCUGCUUAUUUCUUUGCUGCUCUUCAAAAAAGGAUCAAAGCCAACAAGCUGUCUUGUCACCCUUCAACAUGUCUAGCCAACUGACAUUGACUUCCAACCCACUGAUUUGAUCAAAAAUAUUCGGCAGCCUUGGUGGUUGUGUGGUGUAGAGGGGUCAUGGGUAGAUAGUAGUCAUGGUUGGAAAGGGGAGACACAGGAUAUGCAGCACACACUCACGCGCGCACACACACACACACACACACUCGCUCUCUCUCAGACACCAAAAAUCAAAAAGGUUGUAGCAUCAAGGAAGGACCCCCUGGAACACAAAAUAUGGUUCCAUAGGUGGCAGACCUGGGCUGAGGCUUUUCUUGUCAUACAACACAAACAUGCUUUGCUCUAAGCUCAUACACACAGUAGGUAUGGGAUACGAAGUCACGACACAAAAAGCUUGGUCGGUAGAUUGCUCAUAGUUGCUUGUUAUGCUGGGGGCUUUGUUGCGCCUUGGCCAAAUACAGACCCAUCAC